AUGAACUCUCCUCGUCGCAAAAUGUGACCGUGACUGACAGUAAUUCUGAUUGCGCUAGAUUUCAACGAAACGCAAAUUAUAUUCAUAUUCAUGUUUGCCGUUCAGUACGAUUUUCAAAUCACACACAGUAACACUCGACGAUAAAACGUGCGUUAUCGGUCAAUUUCGUUAUCGAAUUGUUUUGAGAAUGUGUCUCGGUGCUCGAUACGUUGAUAACAAUUAGUGCGCAACUGCAAUUUUAUAAAGCAAAGCAAGUCAAACAUGCAAUCGAGUACAACUAAUUUACAUCCAGUAACUAAGCGGAAUAAAUUCAUUAACUUGUUGAAUAGCUACGUGCCAACCAAUGAACGCUCCUGGAAUUAUGCCAUACCAAUAUUUGGAUUGUCGCUGUCGUGUUUCGCAUUCGGAAUGUUUCUAACAUUCAUUGAGAAUGUAAGCAGACGUCCGAUAGUUAACACCAACAUGUAUAACUUUGGUUAUUUGGUGUUGGCGAUUGCAGCCGGGAUUGAAUUAUACUACGGUAUGACGCAUCGCAGUAGAAGGCAGUACUCCUUCUGGAUAUUUCUAAAAAUAAUCGAAGUAUUUUUGCUCACAGCUGGGAUUGUUAUGGAAAUUAUACCGAAAUUGUAUCGCACGCAAAUUGGGUUAUUGUCAGGCGGAGUUAUUAUUUUAUUUCUAGAUAUUUUGUUAUUAUGUUACGUUAUCAAGAGAUCCACAAGACCACAACGUAAAACAAUCGAAAAUAUCUAUGAAGUUCCACACGCACAUCAGUAUUGCAACGUGAGCGUAUAUUAACUCCUCGUCGAUAGAUGGCGCUUCAAGUCAUAAACUCAUCACUUAAAUAACCUAAGAUAAUCUAAGUUUAAAAUGAUUUUCUCUCUUUCUCUCUAAUUUAAUUAAUCUAAUUUUAUUAUCUAUUGUAUUGUAUAUAUUUGUAUUUCUAUUUAUUAGAAGUUAUGGAUUUUCACUUUAA